GGGCCGCCCAGUCGGCCUGUCAGCCGGCUUCGAGGUGCGUCCCUGCGCUUGCGCGGUGGCGGUGAUGAAAGCGAUGGCGGCGGAGGAGGAGGUGGACUCGGCAGACGCCGGUGGAGGGUCAGGAUGGCUGACAGGGUGGCUUCCUACCUGGUGCCCCACAUCUACAUCACACCUUAAAGAAGCUGAAGAGAAAAUGUUAAAAUGUGUCCCCUGCACUUACAAGAAAGAGCCUGUGCGCAUAUCCAAUGGAAACAGAAUAUGGACGCUGAUGUUCUCUCAUAACAUUUCUAGUAAGACACCACUUGUCCUCCUUCAUGGUUUUGGAGGAGGUCUUGGACUUUGGGCCCUGAAUUUUGAAGAUCUAAGCACCGAUAGGCCUGUCUAUGCCUUUGACCUAUUGGGCUUCGGAAGAAGUAGUAGACCUAGGUUUGACAGUGAUGCGGAAGAAGUGGAGAAUCAGUUUGUGGAAUCCAUUGAAGAGUGGAGAUGUGCCCUCAGGUUGGACAAAAUGAUCUUGCUCGGACACAACCUGGGAGGGUUCUUGGCUGCUGCUUACUCACUGAAGUACCCGUCAAGGGUUAGUCACCUCAUUUUAGUAGAGCCAUGGGGUUUUCCUGAGCGACCAGAUCUUGCUGAUCAAGAGAGACCAAUUCCAGUUUGGAUCAGGGCCCUAGGGGCAGCAUUGACUCCCUUUAACCCCUUGGCUGGCCUCAGGAUUGCAGGACCUUUCGGGUUAAGUCUAGUGCAGCGUUUGAGGCCUGAUUUCAAGCGGAAGUACUCCUCUAUGUUUGAAGAUGACACAGUGACAGAGUACAUCUACCACUGUAAUGUGCAAACCCCAAGGCUAUCCUCGGGGCGGGGCAUUAUGUGUAUGCAGAUCAGCCAGAAGAGUUCAACCAGAAAGUCAAGGAGAUCUGCCACACAGUAGACUGAGCACACGGAACCAUGCAGCACUGGUGACUGAUGCCGUUCUUGAACAAUACCCACAACCACAGGAAGAGAAAGAAGUACAACCCAAGAACCAGGCAGUUUCCUGGACUGGACUCUACAGUUUUCCACAUUUAAACCAAUUAGUGCCUUCUAGAAGAAUGGCUUUCCUUUCUCCUACACAAAAUUAAAAUACAAGAGAGUCGCCCAAUUUAAUAAUAGCCUUAAAUAAAGGUUGUCCUUCUGAUGUACUGAAAAAUUGUGAUUUUUCAGCCUAGACUGUUCUCAGUUUCACCUAACUGCUUGUUAGGUGUGUGUCAUAUUGCAGUCUGGAUGCCAGUUUAACUAGCGACUUCUGGGCCUGUUGUGUUAGAUGUUGUGAAGCUGCACUUUACUAUUAUUAUUAUUAUUUUUGCAUGUAUUUACCAUCUCUAACAACUAACAUAGUUAACCCAAGUAUUUUCAUGUAAAAAGAUUUCAAUUUAGAAUACUUCAUUUUUGAGAUGGAGUUUAGAAUAUUUCAUUUUGAAAUGGAUUGAAAGGAUUAGGUUUUGAUGUAAAAGAUGGGAGUCAAUCACUAGCGUUAACUUUCCUUGUUUUCCUGUUUUAUGAUCAAGGCUGCAAAGCCGUGUUUCAGCAUUUUAAAUGUGUUCCAUGGGAACAUACUGCUUACAGCAGCACAGUUCCUGGGAACCUUCUGUGUGUAGUCUAUAGGGUUCUAUGAGAAUAAAUGCAUAGACUCAGCAAUUCAAGUGCUAAGUAGCUUGAACCUGAAACCUGUCCCUCUUCCUUUCCAGUAGUCCCAAGAACCAGCAUCUAGUGAAUGGACAGGUCUCCUCACUUACAGGGAUGUUAAGACUGUUGCCUCUUGGGAAACUAAGUCACACUGUGUUUUCACAAACUGCCAACUUAUAUGGUGCUUAAACUGGAUUUCAUUUUACCACUAACAUUUAAAACUAUGUGGUGCUGUUAUGUCUUACGGCACCAGAAAUGAGAUAGAACUUGUGUUUUAUUUUUUAUUAAAUAUUAUGUUAAUCUAAUCACUUAUAUACUUGAAGUAAAAUUCUGAAAAAGUCUAUAAUGUUGUUUGAACUGUUUGGCAGAAACCACCAUUGGAUUUAUACCUUUCUGACAGUGUUAAAGUGAGAGACAAUUUGAAACUAUGAAAAAGCUCCAUGGAGUAGCUAGAUGCUGAGAAAGCCUUCUGUCUAGAGAACAGAGAACAAAGGGCAUUGUCACCAACAUUGUUUGCCCAGGAGAAAAGCAGAUUACACAAAUAAGAACUCGACCUCACACAUCACAACUUGAUGACUUGAGCUAUUACAUUUUUAGUGACUAGUCAGGAAAUUUUUUUUGAAAAUAUAAAAUUAUAUCACAUUUAACUGCCAGCAAGAUUAUCUCCUUACUAUGGAGAACGUGUAAAUCAUAUUGAAGCAGGACAAAGCAGCCUCCCAGUGACCCUUUAUCUGAUUCUAACGCAUUGGGUUAGUGCAAGAAGCCACCGUGAGGCCAGAAGUGCUUGUUUUCACCACCUUGAGAAUAAAAAUAGCCUUUUCCCCCCUUUAUAGUUAGUGUUUGUGGGUGACCAGAUCCACACUUGAGAGUGGCAGAACAUUUGUGCAGGACUCUUAUUUGGCAUUCACCAGCCUCAGUCUUUUGUUCACCGAAGAAAAAGUUUCUGCACAGGAAACUGGUCCACCCAAAGAAGCUGGCUUCCCUACUGAGUUGCUUUGCUUUAUUGGAAACACAUUGUGAAGCUUCUUAAACAUUAAAAUUCCCUUGGUGUAUGUGAUGAUUUUUGUUAAGGUUGAAGUAGUGAAGUUUAUAAUCUGCAAAUUCUUGAGAACAGUGGUUGCUAAAUAUCUUUCUUGUAAACGAUCUCUUAACUAUCUUUGGUCUUUGCUAAGUUAUUUUACAGAAUAAACUCGACAGU